UAGGAUACAUUGCAACAAAUGUGUCCAUCGUUACUGGAUACAAUCCUACAGAAAACAUUCCGUCAAAUCCGAAUUUUUACACAACGAAGUUGUAAAACUGUCUAGAGACAACAAGAAAAUUGCCAUGCAACUUUCUGUGUGCUCUGAAUGCUCUUUUUGUUCAUACGAUUGAAACCAAGAUACAUUCAGAACAAAUGACAACUGCGUCUGUUGUCCAGUAUGGUCGAAGGAGUGGGUCCAGCAAAAAAAUGCAAGCAGUUGAGGAAAAAAAUGAAGCAAGGCAACCACCAGAUCUUCGACAAGUCACUGUUUUGCCCAAAGUCGAAUGGCUCCGAAUUCAAGGUAGUUUGAAUCAAGGGAAUAAAUACAACGAGAGUCUAAAGGAGGCGUCCAAACAACGAGAGGCUAUGCACCUGAGGUCCAAGGAGGUGGUGAAAUUCUGGUCUAACACAAUAGCUGGACAAAGACAACAGAAACUGGAGGCAAAGAAGAUUCGGGAGGAAUUAGAAGAAGAGGAGAGGAAACAGAUGGAUAUUGAGGAGGCUAAAUAUCAGGCGCAAAUGAGGAAAGAAGCUAUUGAAAAGGCCAAAACUCAACAGUACUACGAGACUGAUCGUGUGAAAGGAUUUCAUAGUGCACUCUUGCUGACAGAGGUCCUGAAGGAAAGAGAGGCCCAGAUAGAACUGAAGCAGAGAAAGCAGGAUACCUCCAAAGAUGUGGACAAGAAAAUCAUGGCUAUCAGUAAGCGUAGAGAGGAAGAAGCCUUGCAAAAGGAGCAGCAGAAAGCUUUGCAGAGGAAGCUUGACAGCCAGGCCACAGCAGAGGACUUAAAACAGCAGGCAAAGGAACAUGAGAUGGAUAGAGAACGGGAGAAGCUGGAAGACAAGAAAGAGGCAGAGGAACUCCAGCGACUAAAAGAUAUGUUUCUGUGGGAGCAAGGCAUGCAGGAGCAAAAGAAAGAGGAGCAGAAGAGAAACAUCAUGAAAGCUCACAUGGAGCAUCUCUCUAACAGAGAUAUCAUUAGAGCAAUAGAGGCACAAAAGCAAGAGAUGGAGGAGGAGCGCACGGGGCUUUUUGCAAAUGCAAAACAGAAAAUGGUGAAGUUGAGGAAAGACAAAGAGGAAGAGCUGUUCAGAGAGGUCCAAAUGCACAGGGAGAGGAUCAUGAAUAAACUGGCUGCACAACAGCAGGAGCAGACGGACAAUGAGGAACUCAUCGCCAAGGCUAUUGCUCAACGGGAUGCCAGACAGGCACAGCAGCAGAAGGAGAAAGAUGACAAGAGGAUGGCUAUGCUGGACUCCAUUGCCUCACACAGAGAAGCCAUGAAACAAGAACAGGAGCAGAAGGAUAGAGAACACCACGAGAAAGCCCUUGACAUGCUUUAUGCCAAGAAAGAAGCGGACAGAAUAUUUAUUGAAAAACAACACCUGAAGGCACAGAAAAUGAAAGAGGAUGGAAGAACUUUACAAGACGUCUACAUUCAUCAAAUGGCUGAAAAACGUGCCAAGGAACAGCACAUAAGAAAACAACAACAGGACUUCGAGACCAAAAAUGCAGAGCUCAUUGCUGUGGAGGAGAAGCAGUUCCAGCAGUAUGCAAAGAAUGUGAUCGAUACAGCCACUGAGGCCAAGAGAAAUACUUACCCACUCCGCAAAGCUGCCAGGGAGGGAAUUGGAGGUGGUCUUGGCCCCAUCUUUGGAGGAGUGAGACCAAGUUACUUGGUUCAAGAUAACACUGGUGUCCAGAUGCCCAAUUACGUCGGCAGUAGAUCUCAGGACGUCAAAGAGCUGAAUGAGACAUGUGAUAUUCAGCAUUCCAAGAAAAGACUUGGAUUCACAUGGUAAACAUCUGUUGAAAAGAGCAACAUGGUCAGGUAAAGCAUGAUUAGAAAAACAAUAAACCAAUGGAAUUCAUUAUAAUUUCCUAAGCAUUAAUGAUA